AUGUCUGCAGUACGAAGUACAAGUCGAGCCCUUGCAGGCAUUCGCAGAACCGCAACUCAAUCUUUACGAAGAGAGUUUGCGACAGUGGCCGAUAGACCUAUUCGAUUUGCUUGCAGAACCCCCACAGCACCCGCCCUAUUAUGUCCAUUUUCCAUGCCAGGAUCGCGACCUAGUACCAAGCAAAUGUGCGAAAUCAGGCAAAAUAGGAGAUCGACAGCUGCUCGUCGAGAGUUCUCUGCUACUUCCAAAUCUUUGCAUGGUCAUGUAGAACCCCCAAAGCCUGGGGAGGGGUUACAUGUUACGUUCUUCGAUAAGGAGGGAGAUGAACACACUUUUGAAGUUUCGGCAGGAGACAACCUUUUAGAUAUAGCACAAGCCAAUGAUUUGGAAAUGGAAGGAGCCUGUGGAGGAUCUUGCUCAUGUUCAACAUGUCAUGUUGUAGUCGAAGAUGAAGCAUUUUAUGAUAAAAUGGCCGAACCAGAUGAUGACGAGAACGAUAUGUUGGAUUUAGCGUUCGGCUUGAGAGAAACUUCAAGAUUGGGCUGUCAGAUUGUGAUGUCAAAAGAGUUAGAUGGGUUGCGUGUAAGGCUUCCUUCCAUGACACGAAAUCUCCAGGCUAGCGAUUUCAGCAAGAAAAGUUGA